AUGCGCAUCAGAAUUCGCGGUCCUUCGGGCAUGUCCCAAGUCAACAUGCCAGAGACAGCAACAUGGGGAGAACUCAAGCAUGAGAUAUCCACAAAGACAUCUGUCGCAGACUUUGAUGUCAAGUACGGCUACCCACCCCAGAACCUGGACACAACAAGUAUCGACAAUGAGACGAAGUUGACUGAUGUCGGUAUCAAACUCGAUGGCGAACAACUCAUCAUCUUGCCACGCGAUGUUCAGCAGUCACUGCACAACCCAAUGUCUGGCCAUGUCGAUCUCCAAACCCACGGAACCUUGCCUUCUUUGAAGAGCAUUCAACCUCCUCAGCACAAUCCUGGUGAUUUCCCAUCUGGCCAGACGAAAGGAGAGCAAGCUGCACCGCUCUCUCUGCAGCGAAAACCGAACGAUGUGGAGAGCGACCCACCCGAGGUGCCUGUGCCAGGUCUGGAAGGCGUUCUCGUUCUUCGCGUGAUGCCGGACGACAAUAGCUGUAUGUUCAGAGCUUUAGGAAGCGCUGUUUUGGGCGAUGCGCUUGAUGCCAUGAACGAGGCGAACCCGGACCUAUACACUGCUGGUAUGCUCGAAAAAGCACCCGACGACUACUGCCGUUGGAUCCAGCGCGAGGACUCUUGGGGAGGCGGUAUCGAACUCGCCAUCCUCUCUCAACAGUUCGAUAUCGAGAUCUGCAGUAUCAACGUCCAGGACUUGCGGGUUGAUCGUUUCAAUGAGGGCAAAUCAAGACGCUGUAUUCUGAUCUACUCUGGCAUACAUUACGAUGUUGUUGCCGUCUCCCCUGGCCAAGGCACGAGUCCCGAGUUUGACAGGAAGAUGUUCGAGGUUGCUCAGAUCGAGGGCAUGGAGGGCGAAGAUGGUGGAGCUCUGCAAGCCGCAAGAGAGCUAUGUCAGAUCCUGCAACAGAGACACUACUUUACCGACACCCAUGGUUUCACCAUCAAGUGUAACAUUUGUGGCUGGACCGGCAAGGGAGAGCAGGGUGCCACGGAGCACGCGAAGCAGACGGGCCACAUGAACUUUGGCGAAGCAUGA